CAGGAAACAGAUGUAUGAGAACCCGCUGUACGAGCAGAGGAGGAACCUGGACCGCCAGGCCGGCCUCACCUCCGACGCCGGGGGGAAGAAACGAAAACAUGAGGACGAGGCCGGCAAGGACAAGGAGGAGAAGUCCAAACACAAGAAGGACAAGAAAGACAAGGAGAAGAAGAAGGAGGAGGUACCGACGGAGGAGAAGGUGAAGAAGGAGGUGGAGGAGAAGCCGGGCCAGAAGGAGGAGGAUUUAAAACCUCCUAAAGGUCUGGAGGAGGAGAGGCCGUCCUUCAGCAAGAAAGACGAGGAAGAGGAGCAGGUUAAAGGCAGCAAGAAGGAGGACAAGUACCGGCACAGGAGGGAGGAGGAGGACCGCUACAAAUACAGCAGAGAAGAAGAACACCGGCAUCGCUACGACAACCGUCCAAAGUACGGACCGAGAGACGAGGACUUUAAACACGGGAAAUACCCCGAGUCCAGAUUCAGGUCUGACCGGGAGGAGGGGAAACCAAAGGAACCCUUCAAAAAGCCUCAACCAGAGAAACCAGCAGCCAAACCAGAACCCAUACAAGAACCCCCUCCAAAGCCCUACGACCCGCCAAAGAUCCUCUGUGGACCCAGUCCCGCCAUGAGGGCGAAGCUCCGCAAGCAGAGUCUGGAGGUCGGAAAACCAGCAGCCGGACCCUCCUCUUUGACCUCCCCCACGUUUGGGAAGUUCACCUGGAAGAAGAGGGAGAACUUCCUGGCGAAGGAGGCAGAGAAAGUGGCCGCCGAGUUCAUCAAGGAGGACGAGGCGGCGGCGAACCUGGACCCGGCUCCAGCCCAGGAUUCCUUCUCCAAAUCUGUGGCGGUGGCCAAAGAGAUCGCGCAGAAGCUGGGGGGCCAUCAGACACCCCCUUGGUUCUCUAACGGGGCAAACCGGGGCCGGAUCAGACCCAACCUCCCUGCCCCGGCCGCGGUCCUGAGGAAAACCGCAUUGAUGGGUAAACCAGCGCCCCUGAACACCUUCCUCUCCAUGAAACCACAAGGGGGCGGUUUACCAGUUCAACAGGAAGUGCCGACCAUCUCAGACGGACUGCUGAAGAUCCCGAACGCUCGGAAGAAACCACAGGAGAGUAAACCCCUCCCACCAAGUCCUGCGCCCGGGACAGCUAUGCCCCCGCCUCCGGUGACGAGACCGUUGGAGGCUGAACCCCCACCAGCAGUGUAUGGACCUGUACCCCCUCCGCCGGUCUUAAAAUCUGCCCCCUUUGAGGCCAAACCCCCACCCUCAGUGUUUGGACCUAUGCUCCCUCCAGCAGUCUUAAAACCUGCCCCCUUUGAGGCCAAACCCCCACCCUCAGUGUUUGGACCUAUGCUCCCUCCGGCAGUCUUAAAACCUGCACUGUUUGAGGCCAAACCCCCACCAUCAGUAUUUGGACCUUUGCCCCCUCCAGCAGUCUUAAAACCUGCCCCCUUUGAGACCAAACCACCACCAUCAGUGUUUGGUCCUGCACCGUUUGAGGCUAAACCCCCACCGCCGGUCUUUAAACCUGCACCUCCAGUUUGUAAUCCCCCUCCGUCAGUGUCCAGACCUCCACCCUCUGAGACUGCCCCUUUCCCUAAACCAGUUCCACCCCCCAUGAUAAGGGUUGUGUCGGACGUGGCGGCUCCGGGGGUCCCGGAGGGAGAGCAGACCCGCACAGUGUUUGUGAAGCCCCCCCCCUUCAUGAACCUGGGAGACGGGGCCCAGAAGUCUGAGAAGCUGAAGACUCACCUCGCUGCAGCCAAAGCCCAGGACCUGUUCCACCUCCUCUACAGCAAGGGGGACCAAACUGGGGCCGCCAACAUCACCAAACCACCAGCGGACCCCAGAGCGGACGCGACAAGUUCCAACAAAACUCACCCUGCCCCCAUACAGGCAGCCAAACCCCCACCUGAGCCUUUGACCAAGACCACACCCCCAUCUGAGCCUUUGACCAAGACCACACCUCCACUUGAGGUCUCUAAACCUCCACCUGAGGUCUCGAAACCCGCACCUGAGGUUUCUAAACCGGCACCUGAGGUUUCUAAACCAGCACCUGAGGUCUCUAAACCGCACCUGAGGUCUCUAAACCCGCACCUGAGGUCUCUAAACCCGCACCUGAGGUCUCGAAACCCGCACCUGAGGUUUCUAAACCGGCACCUAAGGUUUCUAAACCAGCACCUGAGGUCUCGAAACCGGCACCUGAGGUUUCUAAACCUGCACCACCAGACCCGGUUCCCCAAACCCCGCCUGAGUCAGACAUUCAGAUUUCAUCGGUUUGGUCUCUGCAGUCCCCCCCCAUCCAAACUCCUGAUGAACCCCCACCCAAACUGAGUCCCCCUCCUAAGUCUCAGAGUGAGGUGCAGGACCAGACCCCCGCCCCGAUCUCUGAGCCUAACAUCUCCCCACAAUCCAAUCCUGCCAAAGUGGAACCGGCACCCCAGACCCGGUCUCCUCCCAAACCGGCUCCUGAAAUCCAAAAAGAGCCCCAACCCACCCAGGACCCCCAUCUUAAUCUGGAACCCCAACCAGACCACCACACUCAGCUCCAUCCAAAUCCCCAACCAGACUUGACUCCGGAACCUGCUCCCAAACCAGGCCCAAAAACCAGAGGCAAGAAAACCCCUGCUGCCCCCCGCCCUGUCCGGCAAACCAGAUCCCAGACCAGAUACCAGACCCGGCAGCAGAAGUCCGACCCGGAGCCGGCUUCGGGGGAUUCUGACUCUGCCGCUUCGGACUCGAAGGGGCUGGAAACCUCAGACCCGGGUCCAGACCCCAGCCCCGGUCUGGAGGGGGAAAAGGGGCCCAGUGAGGGCGAGGACCUCCCCACGAUGGAGAUCACCCCUGAGACGCUGGGCCUCCCCUCGGACCUGACUUCCUUGGACUUUGACUAUGAUUUUAACUUUGAGUAGGAGGUCUGCAAAACGGACUGGACCUGAAGGCAGCUGACGGACUUGUGUGGUCCUGGGCUCCAGACCUCCUGUGGUCCUGGGCUCCAGACCUCCUGUGGUCCUCGACUCUAGAGGUCCUUCUUGUUCAGUUUCAGUAAAACUAAGUCCAGGAAUAUUUGUUUAAACGCUGGACUUCCUCAGUUCAUGGUGCCGCCGCCCAGAGGACCAGGAAGAGUCAGUGAUGCAUUGUGGGUAAAUAACAGUAAUGAGGACAGAGCAAAAAAGAAAAACAAAAAUAUGUUCAAUAUCACAAGUUUUAAAAACACCGGAUAUUCUUUUAUUUUCUUCUAGAAACUUCAGCUUUUCUCCAAACUUUACUCUCAGUUUCAUCUCCGAGCUGCUGCUGUCUGACGUGCACUCACCUGUCUGACGUGCACUCACCUGUCUGACGUGCACUCACCUGUCUGACGUGCACUCACCUGUCUGACGUGCACUCACCUGUUAUGUUUUAAACUCAACGUUGCAUUCUUCUCCUAAAUCCUAAAGUUUGGACCAAAAGAGCUCCUUUUGUCGGAGGAAAGUCUGUUAGUAAAUACUUCCUGUAGAGUUUUAAUAAAAGUUAGUGAGAAAUAAA